AUGCCUCGAGCAUCUAAGAGAAAAUCUGACCCACCAAACUCAUCCUCUUCCAAAUCCUCCAAUGUCGAUUCCGUUAGUCCUGUUUCAAAGAAAGCUAAAUCGAAAGAAGUGGACCGGAUAGAUGCUCUUUUCGGUUCAUAUGCAAAUCAGUUGAUGGGGAUGAUUGAGUAA